GAUUACUCUAUGAUUUGCGUACGAUUGCGAUUGUCAGUUUUUAUUAUCCUUAUCCCUAUGAAACGAACAUGGAUAUUUUCUUUUUCUUGAUUUAUUAAUAAUAAUGGCUUCUUCAAUACAAAAUAAUAGAGUAUCAGCUCCAGGAUAUUGUGUGUGUUGUAGAGUAUGCAAUAUGUGGUGUUGGAGAGCUUUUAAGUGGCUCCCAGUAUUAUUAAUAGUGUCUAUUGUGACUUGGUCAUAUUAUGCCUACGUUAUUCAGCUGUGCUUUUUUACAAUCGAAAGUACAGUUCAACAGUGUGUUUAUUGGGUUCUGUAUCAUAUAUUGUUGAUGAUGUUUGCGUGGUCGUAUUGGCGAACAAUUUUCGCUGAUAUCAAACCAAUACCAGACAAGUAUAAAUUGCCUGAUGAAGAAUUGGAGAAAUUAUUGAGUGCAGAAUCUGAAGAUGCUCAAAGGACAAUUUUGGAGAACUUUGCUAAAGAUCUCCCUAUAGUUACUAGAACAAUGUCAGGCUCGGUCCGGUACUGCAACCGGUGCGUCCUCGUGAAGCCGGACCGCGCGCACCACUGCAGCAUCUGCUCACGCUGCGUCCUCAAGAUGGACCACCACUGCCCGUGGGUGAACAACUGUGUCUGCUUCCACAACUACAAGUUCUUCAUGCUGUUCCUUGGCUAUGCUCUCUUAUACUGCCUCUUCAUUAUGUCGACGUGCCUGCCUUACUUCAUUAGGUUUUGGAAGGGUGACUUCGGUACAGCGGCGAGUGCGGGCCGCUAUCACAUAGUGUUCGCUUUUUUCGUGUCGCUCAUGUUCGCGAUAUCGCUCGGUUCGCUGUUCGGGUACCACUGUUACCUCGUCGCGAACAACAGGACCACAUUAGAAGCGUUCCGUGCGCCGAUGUUCCGCAGCGGCGCUGACAAGAACGGCUUCUCGAUGGGUGCCUAUAAUAACUUCAAGGAAGUGUUCGGAACUAGUCCGAACCUUUGGAUGCUGCCCGUGUUCACAAGCCUAGGAGAUGGCAUCGUGUAUCCUCUGCCUCAACAAGACGAAGAUACAGAAUCCUUGCUAAGCUCCGAGAGGUGGGAACGCUGGGGCGAACGAUCGAGGCCCUUCGACGAAAGGGAGAGCUCAUCUUACGACGAACUAUGAGUUUAAAUACGGCCACCAAAGUGUUUGGUGCAGGCUUCGCAAAUUAAAACCUUCAUUUAUCGCUGUCAAAUACCAACAUGUAAAUUGAUUUAUUGAAUCCUAACAAGUCUUAUUCUUAGAUUUUUAAAUGAAGUCUCUCCAAAGCUAGAUUUUUUAUUGUAUAUAAAUAAUUUCAAUUUUUUUAGGGUAAAUUGUGUACUAUUAUAUGGACAAUGGCAUCUUUCGAUAGAAAUGUUUUGUGUUCGUAUAAGAAAAAUGCCGGAUAUUGCAAUCUCGUUCUAUCCAUGCAUGCGGCAGCGAUAACGUGUCUGUCGAUUGAUUCUUUAUCCAUUUGUUUCUAGGGUCAGACAUUUUAUGUAAUGUAAUAUAUCAAUCAACCAGUUUUAACGAUCUCCCAAAUAGUCAAGAAAUCCACUGACAGUAAUCAAUAAAAUCAAAAUGAAAUAUUUCCAUUAUAACAUCUUUUUUUAAUCUAUUUUUUUUUAUUUCUACAGUAAAACUAUAAUAAAGAAUCUAGUUUUAGAUGUGAAAGAUCUUAUUUAUUUUAUAGGCUUUACGACAUUCGAUAAGUUAGUUACAUUUCAUAGUGAUUUAUGUAUAAAAGUUGAUCACGAAUUUUGUGUGUAUUCUGUACUUAAUUCAUCGAGUACUUAGAGUCUGUAGUAGAAUUGUUUCGAGUGUCUACUGUAAAUAAGCCUGCACGUUGUUAUGUGGCCGUGUUAGUAUGUGCCAUUGUAAAUGUAUGGACACGUAUCGUCAGAUGUUUUGGUGCUGAAUAAAUGGUCCCAAAGGCGGAUACAGCGAAGCAAUGACCAUGUGAGAUUAAUAUAGUGAGCAACAAUAACCAACAAACGCUUACUUCAAAAUUUCUACAAUAUUAAAAUAAGAUUAUAUAUUAUAUAUAUAAGAAAAAUGUAUGGCUUUUGAAGAUGUACAUAAAUUUAUCUCUGACUGUACUUAGUUGGUACCAAUAAUUUGAGACUGUUUUAAAAGAUAUAUCUUUUAAAAUGUAUCUACCUAUAUGACUGACAAAAUAAAUCUGCUAUAAGAUGACUCGCCGCUAAAAUAGAUUCAUUCCAUCUAUAACCGAUUUUCCAUAGUAUUAAUAGUAAAAAAAAAGUGUUAGACCUGGUGGUUUAUGCUGUCUCAAUAUAAACUUAUACUUUUAUAUUUAUUCCUGUUUUUAGCUUUUGAACGCCGUAUCGUUACUACUUUGUUCGCUGCAUAUAUAUUGUGUUAGUGUUACACAGUAUUUCCGUGAUACAUUCACACAAAAAAUAUGACUGUGAAACAAUUAUAAUGAUUAGGUUUUUUUUUUUUUAAUUAAAAUCAUUUCUGUGCCGUGAUAUACUUUCAGGAUAUUAAAAUUGCUACUUCAAUUGAACUCUAUUUAAUUGAUAUAUACAGACCGUUCUAAUAGCUAAGACUUGUCGUAGCUUAACAAUGUCACAUACAUAAUAUUACGGCGGUACAAUAGUAGUAAAAGAAGUUACGCCACAAAGUUCAACGCUCUUUGUGUUUGAAAGGAAUAAGAGCUAAAGUAAAAGUUUAGUUUUAUGUAAGUAGCUAAUAGUGCAAUAGAGACGGGGAGAUAGUUUAAUAAAAAUGAAGUAAGCAUACCUCUACUGUAUUGUACACACACGUAUAAAGAUUACUACCUAAUUAUAUUUUAAUAAAAUUUUGCUCUAAUUUUAUUUAUUAGUUAGAAAUAAUCUGCAUUAAAGUUUCAUUUUAACUUAUAGCCAAGCAGUUGUAUUUACUUGAAUGUUUUAAGUUGAAAGGUUAGGUUAGAUAUGACAGUGAAAUUACUGUAUCAUCCUAAUACGUUAGUUGUCAAAAAUGGUAACGUAUGAAGGGUUUAUGAGAGUCACGAUGAGGUUGAUUCUGGGAUGUCAUUCUAUAAACCUAACUUUAAUUUUUUUUUUAUAUAAAUUGCUUUCUUUAUACAAAGGUAGUUACAUUACAGGGUUUGGUAUCUCCUGUUAAGCAAAGUUAAAUUGGGUAUCUUAAUUUAACUUUACGAAAGUUUAUAGAUCAUCACAAAUUUAAUUUAUAACAAUUAUGGCUUAAAUUUUUUAAAGUUUUAUAUUAAUUCUUAGAAUAAAAAUUUUCAAUACUUAAUUGUGGAGAUAGGUUUAAAAAAUGACACAUGAGAAUCGGUAAUGUGUCGUCUCAUAUCUGUAUCUAUACGUGACUCAAUUACCAUUUUUUAUCAGGCGAGCUGUCAGAUUGUUUGCCAUACUAAAUAAUUUAAAAAAAUCUUUAUUCGUGAUUGUACUAAAGGUUUACUGAGGUAUAUGGAAGGGUGUUCCAAUGGCGUUGUGUACUUCCGCUUGAUCCUAUGUUACUUUGGUAUAGGUAUUAACACCAUUGUAAGAUAAAAAUUAGAGUUUUGCCCCAGAAUAAAUAAUUCUAUUCCAAUUUUUUUUUUCUAUCCCAGUAUGUAGAACGCUUUAAAAAUUUUUUCAAUAUUCCCUGAUUUCUAUACAGUGCGUAAGUGUGUAACUAUAUAAAACUAUAGUUUAAUUUAUAAUAUAAGAAUUGUAAAUACAAAGUGCUUUUAAAGUUAUCAUAAGACUGCUGCGAAGGGGUAUAUAAGUUAGAUUAAUUAUAUAUUGUUGGACGUUUAACACCAAUCAAAAAUAAAGUGUGUCUCUGUAUUAAUGUGUAAAGUACAGCCAGCAACAAAAGUAGACCAUUUCGCCAAAUCGGGCCUUAAUAUUAUAACCCAAUAGAUUUAAUAUUUACCAACUUUUGUUGUUGAUCGUACUGCUGAGAUAAUUAGGAUAUCUACUCGUACAUGUGUUGCAAUUUUGUACUUUCGUCAGUUACAUUGAAGUAUCACCGCAUUAAGUACAUAUUAGAAGUUUUAAGAAAAAUAAUAUAUACGUCUCAAAAAUCACAAAAUAUGUGUUACAUAAUAAAUUGUUGUUUUAUGAAGUAAUGGAUAUAUAUAAAUGACUUGUAAAUAUAUUUAUGUUGCAGUUUUAGAUAUAUUAUUUAAAAUUUCAAGGUGCCAAUAUGUAGAACAAUCACAUUCCGAUCCAUCUAUUAUUAUAAUUACGAUGUAGAUUUGUUUACAUUAUUUCAGUAUUCGUAAAUUUAGAACAUGUAAAGUUUACAUAUAAUUUCAAAAAUAUAUUUUAUCUAGGUAUUAUAUACUAGGUAGAUUAUGCAUUUGGACAAUGUACAUUUUAUAAAUUAACAACUGUAUAGAGUUUGCUGAUUGAUAAUUUAAGAGUUAAUUAUUGUGUUAGUAAACUAAGUAGUUUAUUUAAAAUAUUUACAGUAAAAAAAAAUCACAUGCUUACAUUUUGUAUAAACUUGUUUACAUAGUUGUGUGUUACACCGUUAGGGCUAUUCAACUUCUAACGUCACACGGACGAGAUUGAGUCACAUCUAUUUAUAUGCUUAAUAUGUUUUUGUGUAAAAUUAAUACAGCGACCUAUACCGAUACCAAUUACCCUAAUAUGUAUGAGCAUAACGUAUAUACAUUUAAUAAUAACUUUAUUUUAUUGCACUAGAUCAGCCUAUGAUAUAGAAUUGACUUCACAUUAGGCUAAGCCUGCAAAUGUACAUCAUGUAAAGAAUUAUUUCGUAAUGGUGAGAUUGGUCAUUCGAAACUUGGGAGCAUCUAAAUAAGAACUCUGUGAAUGGACUUUUUAAGCACGUAAAUAUAUAUGUCUUAUAGUAUCCUGCAAAUUAUACGAAACUAAAUCUUUAACAUUUUAUAAUACAUUAGGUUAAUUAUUUUUGCUAUUAUAUCCUUUGUGUUAAAGAACUAUAAUUUUAAAUUCAUAUCACGUGUUAAAUAACUUAGAGGUGUUCUUAUUUGCGAGUUACCGACUUGGUCGGACUAUUGCCUUUCGUAAUUCUAUCUUUGCAUAUGUCACGAUCCUUAGUAACUGUUAUUUACGAUAUUAAAAACAACUUUUACGGAACAUAAGAAAUAGCAAUUAAGAAUAAAUAUCUGGGUUCGACUCUCGAUUUGGUCCACGACGUUUUCAAAAUGGCUUAGGCAAGUUAGAAGUUGCAUUUUUGGAUGUUUGUCCUGAUUUCUUUUAGAUCAUUAUUUUUGGGGCAAUAAAAAUAAUAAAUUUAUUACAGUGCAACAAAACCUUUUAGUAAUUUAGUUAACUUUCUAUAAUGUAAUUUCUUUUAUCCUAGUCAUUUAGUACAAUUACCUACGCGUAAAUGAAUUUUAUGGUUGAUCAAUGUACAUCAGUGAAAUCGGAUGUAACGGUGAUAAUAAAAACAAAUGAGAAAUUAAUAUUAAACUUACAUAAUCUUUGCCUUAUAUAAUUAUUUGGCACAUUAUAAUACGAUACAACAAAAUAUUUGAUUUCUGAAUUGUCCAAAUUUUAAUAUGAAACCUUAUGCACUGACGACUUUUCUUUGUAUCGCUGGAUUUAUUCACUCAAUUGUCUAUACAAGUGAGUCUUUAUAUAUACAUACUUUAAUUGUAAUCGAUGCCCAAUGUGUGUAUUUUUUAUACACGUAUCUCGAUAUGACAGUUUUAUUGUCACAAUAUAUAAUAAGUAAGCACUAUAAAGAAAAUGAUUUUAAAUAAGUAAUGACAAUUGUACGUCAACACACUUUAACUAUGAUAUCGUGAUGAUAAAAUUGUGCUGCGCCAUACGCAUUAUAAAAAUAAUAGACAUGCAAAUUAGUUCAUAUUGUCAUAAUAGAUUUACCUUACUUACAUUGAGCAGUGGUUUUGAUUCUAUUUUACUGUAAUUUGCUUUCGAGUCUUGAAUGUAAACAAAACAGUCUUCAGACCUGUGUGUAAUUAAUAGUUUAAAAUUAUGUUAAUAUUAGUAAACGAACUUAGAACAUAAUAUUUAUUCAACAUUCCUAAUUUUAUUCUUAUCAUUCCAUUUUAUACUUUUUUUUUUUUAUAACAAAAUGUAGUCUUAAGUUGAAUGGUGCAUUUGAUAGUGAUCAUGCGUUAAAUAGCUCUUUUUGUAGUUCUAUCUGAAAUUUAAUGGAUUGUAAAAAAAAUUUACGAUUUUUAUAGCCACCUUUGUUUUUGAACUGAAAUGGUUGCAAUAUUUCAAUAAAAUUCAGAUUCAUACAGUA